AGAGGCCAGAGCCCCCGGUUUCCCCUCACGCGGAUGGACCAGUCCCUUCCCAUGGCGCGACUGCGCGAGCAGCCUCGGUCUCUCCUUCUCCAGCGUCUCAUUGCCUCGUAACCGCCGCCGGAAUAGACCUGCCGAUCCAAAGCUCCGGCUCUAUCCAUCCAGGAGGGGAUCCCAAAUGGCCAUGGCGUCCUCGGUCCUCACCGCCGCUGCGGCGACCUCGCCCCAGCUGACAUCGUGGAGGUGGAGGCCUCUCCUCGCGGCGCAUCCACGGGCGGGUUCGCCUCCCGCACGGCGCCUGCGGGCGCCCGCUUCUCCUCUCUGGGCCUCCAUUCCCCGCAAUCCUUGUUCCGGAGCGGCCGUCGCGAAGCCGCCGUGUGCGGCGGCGGUUGCGAAGGCGGAGGUUACGGAGCGGGAGGCGCCCGAUUGGGAUGUUCUGAAGCGGGUGGCGCUGGUCGCGCUUGGCUGCUGCGCUGCGGCCGCCGUGCUCGGCUGCGGCGCGGCGUGGGCGGCGGCGGAGGACUCGAUCAAGGAGUCCGGGUUCGGGCUGCGGGUGGCUGAGUCGCUGCGGAGGCUCGGGUGGCCCGACGACGCCGUCGUGUUCGCGCUCGCGACGCUGCCGGUGAUCGAGCUGCGGGGGGCGAUCCCGGUCGGGUACUGGAUGCGGCUCCACCCCGUCCGCCUCACCGUCCUAUCCGUUCUUGGGAACAUGGUGCCUGUGUCGUUUAUCAUCCUCUACCUGAAAAAACUUGCGACUUUUCUCUCUCAGAGAAACACCUCUGCAACCCGACUUAUCGACCUCCUCUUUGAGCGGGCACGACGGAAAGCGGCACCUGUUGAGGAAUUCCAGUGGCUUGGACUGAUGUUGUUUGUUGCUGUUCCGUUUCCAGGAACAGGGGCAUGGACAGGAGCAAUCAUUGCUUCCGUCUUAGGUAUGCCGUUCUGGUCAGGUUUCUCGGCAAACUUUGUGGGAGUCAUCCUAGCAGGCCUGCUGGUGAACUUGCUCAUGAAUCUCGGUCUGAAAUAUGCGAUUGUCACUGGAGUUUUUCUGUUCCUUGUAUCAACUGUCAUGUGGAAUGUACUUCGAUCCCUCAAGAAGUCAGCCAAUGCCUAAUGAUCUGAUAAGUCUCAACGAAGUUGUUUCUGAUGUAUGCAGAGUUCACACUUACGUGUGAAUUACAGUUGUGUAAAAUUUUCUCACAUUUUUACUUUUGCUUGUAUUCGCAGAGCAAACUCUCGAGCUAUAUGCCGUCACCCAGUGAUUUUAGUAGAAUCAUAGCCGAGUAACUUUAGUCUGUGUAGGUACAUUCCAUAUUUAUUUCUCAUUGAGUCUGGUGAUCACAUCAUAGUUUUUUCUUUUGAGAAAAACAUUGUGAGCUGGGUUGUAACUGGCCUUGAAUUGAAAGGCCCCUUAUUUGGUACUGGACUUUUGAAGGCAGGACA